UGGUGUUGGAAUUGGGCUUUUUUUUCGCGGUGUGAGUUCCUAAUGUCCCAUGUUGUGCACCGUUCGUAAAUGGCACUAUCAUAAACGAACGCUUAAAACGGGCAGACAGAAGAUCAUCAUCAAUUCGCCUCUUUGUCGAACGGCCUGUGUGGGACCGUUAGACAACGACGAGACAGUCUUCCCGGACCGGUGGACAGUCUAAGAUCGCAACCCCAUUAACACGUGUGUGUGUGUACGGUUUUAAUUGCGAGUGUAAUUAGCUGAUUGGCAAAUUGUGACCUCAACCCCCCUGCGUUUGUGAUGAUCGUUCUUUUUGUUUUGGAGUGGUCCGGCAGUCCGACAAUAUCGCCAUGGAGAGCACACGCUUGCUUUGAUGAUCAUUUUCUAAUAGCUUUUGUCAUGCCCCGCAAGACAAGACCCGCCGGGAAUGGAUGGUGAAUUGUACGCCGCGGGAUGGCAUUGUGUACUUUGUCUGUGAAUGUGUGCUUGUGUGCCCGAGUAUCGGUGUAGGUGACGUCCGCGAUGGGGCGGCCAACAUGUGUGAUCAAUAAAUGGUGAACGCGAAUGGCAAAUUAAUUCCAAUAAUCUUAGUCAUCGGUCGAAUAUUGCGCGUUUACAGGCAUCUGUAUAGAGCGAGUAGAGGAGGUCGCAGAUAAUUCAACGGUUCAAUACGCCCCCCCAAUAUCAUGUCACACCCCGCAAAUGCAACGAUCGAACGACCAUCGUGUCCUUGGCAACGACAGCACUAUUGAACUGCCGGAGUACGUUUACGAGGGGAGUGUGUUCGCCUAGCCUCACAUCGGGCUCGCCUUAAGGCCUUUGACACACCCGCCUCCAAGAGCCACGACACGAUGGAAUCCCAACGAAUACUGUCCUCCCCGUCGAACGGCGAUGACACGGAAACCGAUUCGAUCAGCUGUUACGUGGUCGAUGCCGCCGAACUGCCACCCGCCGACAGCACAGGCUGUGCCACCGCUGGCAUCGUGAACGUACAGUACCGGCUCGAGGCCGGCUCGGACAGCCAUUUGCGCAAGGGGCUGAACCGCAUCUCGAGCGAUUCGGCGUCCACGUACGAGCUGGUGGACGCCGGCAGCCCCCAGUCACCGGCCGCAUCCGACACGAGCGACGGCCACGGCAUGGACGGUGAUGAUGACGACGAUGGGGAAGAGGACGACGAGGAGGAGGAGGAGGAGGACGAGAUGUGGAGCAAUAUUGUGCGCAUAAAUAAUGCUACGGUCGCGACGGUGGCCGAACUGGCGGCUGCAAACGAGGUGGAGGAAGGCGAAAUGCUGGUGAAUGAAAUCGAGUACGAAGUGCAGGAGGCCAGUGGGGCGGGUGCGCUCGACCACGAAGCACCCGACGGUGGUGCCGCCGCCGAGCUGUUGCAGCGCAAACGGUACGAUCUCGCCCGCUCUUCCACCAAGGAGGAGAAGCAGCGGCACAACGAGGAAAUAGUGAUCAUGAAAUCGAACUCGCUCUCCGACACGACCAUGCUGGCCGAUGGCGGCCAUUCCCCGUGGGAACCGGGUGACGUGGAGGACGGUACCGGGCCGGAUGGAGCCGAACCGGUUGAAGAGCUGCUGGAGGAGGACGAUCGAAAGCAGGGCGGAAUGUUGGCCCAACCGGCUCCGUCCUUCGGCGGUCCCUCCAAACCGUGCUUUAUCGAUGCGUCUUCACUGUUUGACGACGAUGAGGUGGUGUAUCCGUCGUUUCAAGAGAUCGCUCCUCCCGCCCCACUACCAAACUGCCGGCCCGUGCGGAGUGAGGCGGAGGGUGCCGAAAGCGCGGGCAGCAUCCAGCUUGCGACGAUCCUAUGCGACGACGAGAAGCUACGAGCGACGGCGGCGGCGGAAAAGAUAACCAUCAAGCCGGUCGAGGUGAAGGACCAGUUUGCGGCUGGACCGUCGAACGAUUAUCUAGCAUGCAAGCUGAAGCUUGCCGAACCGCCGAACCAACGCGAGCUGCUGCCGGAAGUGCCGUCCACCAACGGCAGCGAGAUCGAUCGCGACGAGGUGCUGGCACGCCAGGAAGCGGAACGCAAGCAGGGCACCUUUCUCUUCCAGCACUCGAUCCAACAGUACUCGGGCCAUCUGCUCGACGCUAGCCUGCAGUUUGCGCCGGAAGAAACGUACAGCGAUCUGUCGCUGCCGAGCGUGUACUCGUCGAGCAGCGAGCCGAACUACGGCGAGUACAGCUCGCUCACGAUCAGCGACAGUCAGCGCUACUCGCUCGGGGGUUGUAGCAGCGUGGUCGGAGCGGGCGACGAGCGUGCGAGCGGACGGCUGGACAGCUUGCGCGGUGGCACGAGCACCAGCGGGUACAACUCCAGCUCGGCCGACUACAACAGCCGCACGCAGGCAACGAGCGACGUGGAGUCGGCCUCGCACCACUACCCUCCCAGCACCCCGUUCAACUCGAUCGUGCACGUGACGUCGGCUGCGUCCGUACCAUCGGCGCUGGCCACGAACCGGGCGGUACAGGAGCUGAGCGAAGACACCGGCAACGAGACGAGCCGGGCCAGCUCGGUCGACCGGGAAUCGCACUCGACGCCAAUCCGCAUCCCGAAGCGGCUGCAGAAGCACGACGAAUCGGCCCCGAUCGUGUCGGGCGGCGCAUCGAUCGAGGACUUUACGCCGCGCCAGUGCGAAAGCCCUUCGGUGCGGCGCCGCACCGACACCUGCCCGAUAGUGUCCGGUGGGAGCAUUAGCUUUGACGAGCCGGAGGAGCGGACCGCGGCUCGGCAGCUCAGCAAGAGCGGUUCGGGCAAAUCGUGGGUCGUCGAUCUGAAGAACUGUCCCGAUGAUGCGAAGACGGCGGCGGCGGCAGCGGCAUCGUUCGAAGCUUCCUCCGCGGUGCACUCGGGCCUCGAACAGUCGGGCCAGCGGAGCCUCGGUUUUUUCGUCGAUUUGGGCAGCCUGAAGACGCCGGAGGAGGAGAAAUCGAUCACGGUAGUAAACAGCCGGCCGCGCACGGCCCGCACCGAGCUGAUGAAGAAAUCGACCGGCUUCUACAUCGAUCUGUCCGACGACGGUAGCGAAAGUGCGCGCAGCGCCACACCCAAGCUGAGCGGUGGGCGGAUGGAAACGCCACCACCUUCCGCCUCGGCCCUGACCGGAUCGUCCCGGGGCGAAUCGGAGGAGAAGCAGACGGCGGCGGCACCCGAUCGCAAGAACAUGUUUUCGAUGUUUAUCGACUUUGGCAACGACAAUGGUGGCGGGAACAGCAGCAACAGCGCCAGCAUGAACGGGAAACCCACCAUGCCACGGAAACUGUCGAUGCCGCAACCGCUGCUUGCCAACGGGAAGGAAUCGGUACGUCCCAGCAGUCUUGGUCCAGCGGUGGGCGAUGAAAGCAGCAACAGCAAGUCUUACUACAUGUUUGUCGGGCCGGCCGAUGGGCCACCGUCAGUGAUGCGUCGCGCGCAUGCCAGUACGACGGCAAACGGAGGUGCCAGUGGUUCGUCCGCUGCUAGAAACGAAUCCAAACGUCACUCCUGGAACACGACCAUCGGUGAGAGCGCCGCGGGAGGUUUCCACGAGCGUCGGAUCGCCAGUGGCAGCGCCUACCAGCGUUCCACGAGCGUGACGAGCGAUCGGGGCAUCAUGAACAUACUGGACAAAAUACCGCUGCUCUCCAAAACGUCCAGCAUGUCGAUCGAUUCGUCCGUGUCGCCGUUCGAGGACUUUACCUGCUCCAAGUCGGAGCUGAGCACCUGCUCGAACCACUCGGUAUCGUCCAAUUCGGCCCACUCGAGCAACGAGUCGAAGGUAUCGCCCAAGGACGGUACGCACGAGGGCCGACCGAUGGAAGCACCGGCCGACGGUGGGGCGAUGGUUUCAUCGGCCCGCAAAAAGCGCAAGGAUGCAAAAAUUAACGAAACGUUCGACAAGAGCAGCCAGGGUUCGAUCACGGACGGCAUACUGUCGUCGAACGAGGACGCCUCCCCGACGUCCACCACCACCGACACGGACGACGUCACGUUCCAGAACAAUCCGGCCGAGGAGGAGGCACUGCUCGCGGGCCUGCAGCAGCCGGCGGUGGGGAAAGAAUCUUCGCAACCGCUCGGGGAACCGAUUAAACUGUCCGCGAUCACUAGCAGCAACAGCAGCAGCAGCACCACCACAACCACCAAACAGAUGGAAACGAUCGUCGAGACGGUCGAGUGUUCGCCGCGUCAUACCGCGCGCAGCAAACCGCAGCACACGAUGGAAACGCUGCACGCCACGAUCGAGAAGCAGAAGCAGCUGCUCGAAACCGUCUCCGAGAAUGUGGAAUCGCACGCGUCCACCACGACGUCUUCCUUCGUUAAGCUGUCGGACAUGGAUAAGCCACCGACCGCGGUGAGUCAGCUCACCACGACCACAAAGUUUGAGCUGCAUUCGAGCGGUGGUGGUGGUGGUGGUAGUGGGGGCAGUGGCAGCGGCAGCAACAUGUCAAACUCGGCCGGUUCCAGUCGAGUUGCGCGGCUGUUCGAGUGUCAGAAGUACAACACGAUCGGGUCGGCGAUCGGCGCCAGCAGCCAAGCGAUGAGACAGCACCAGCAGCAGCAGCAGAAGGCAUCCAACUACUAUCACUCGAACGGUGGGGCAACGUCGAUGGAGCGACACUCGUGGAAUAUGUCUCGCUCGACUGGCAACAACUUUGUGAGCCUCAUCUCCUCGUCGGUGGAAAACUCCCGUUCGCUCAGCCGGCUGUUUCCGCACCUGUCGAAAGCAUUUAGCAGCAGUCUUCCGUCGGACGUGGGUAUGAACGGGCGCAACGGUCAGGAUGGCAGCGAGAUGAUGCAGUCGGACUUUUCCUGCACCUCCAGCAUCACCUCGAGCCGAUCCGGUAUCGAAUCGAUCGACGAAUCCAUCUCGAGCCGGCAGCCGCGCCGCCUCGGUGAGGAUCUGCUGAAGAUGUUCCUUCAGGAGAUUGCCACCGACGUGACGAUCGAGGUCGAGGCGCGGAAGAUGCGGGCGCACAAGUGCAUACUGCGAUCGCGUUGCCAGUACUUUGCGGCAAUUCUCGCUGGGAGUUGGGUGCAGAAUGCGGGCAACGUGAUCGCCCUGCCCGGCUACUCGUACGCGGCAGUGCACUUUGCGCUCUGCCACAUCUACUCCGGUGCCUCCCAUCCGCCGGAGGGCAUCAGCCUGAUGGAGCUGGCCGCACUGUCCGAUCUGCUCGGGCUCGAGGGGCUGAAGGAGGUGACGGCGUACGCGCUGAAAACGAACUACUGUCACAACUUCCACAAGCCUUGCGUCGGCUGUAUGGAUGGUGUGCUGCAGGUGCUCCCGGUGACGCUAAACCACGGUCUGGACGAUCUGUACCGCAAGUGUCUGAAGUGGGUCUGCCGGCACUACGUGAAGCUCUGGUCGCAGAAGCAGUUCGCGCAGCUGCCGCUCGACGUCGUGCACCGCUGCCGGCAGCAGAUAGUCGCGCAUCUCAGCUCGGAAAGUGUACUUACCACGAUACUGGACAGCGAGCAGCUGCUCACCCUGCUGCACCCGUACAAGUGGUCGGUGGAGGUGGAAAACGUGGUGCGCGACAUACUCGAGACGGCGUACGACUACAUUGCGGACCACUUUGCGUCGCUGCUUGCGAGCGACGCGUUCCUAUCGCUCGGCCAAAACUAUCGCUGGGCGAUACCGCACCUGGAGCCGGUCCUGCUGCCCGCGGCCAACAAUCUCAGCCCCGAUCAGGCAUGCAAAAGCUACCCGCGGGCAACGAGGCUGCAGAAGCUGCUGCAGGCCAAAGUGCUAACCAUGACGACGACCACCUCGUCGACGCCCAUGUCGUCGAGCGACAACACGAACGUGGUGAACGUGUACGACAAGCAAGCGAAAGCGGCGGACGGUGCCGGCCGGAAGGACUACAACCUGCAGGAGGAGGAGAUGGACUGGUGCGACGAGUUUGUGGGCAUGGUGAACGCCAUCCUGUCCGCGGUGGAACAGUGCCUGAUACGGCAGUGCGCCCGGGCCAUGCGGGUCAGCUCCUGGCAGCGGAUGGAUGUGGAGCUGCGCAACAAGAUCCAGAAGCUGGCCUGCCUGAUGGAGACGGCGGACGAGCGCAAAUCGCGCUCGCGCUAUUCCUACUCGUCGCAGACGUCCUCCUCGUCGUCGGUGCACUCGCGCACGAACGAUAUGCGCCAGGUGCGGCUCGCCAUACAGGCGCACAACAAGCGGGCGCUGGAGAACGGUCAGUCGCAGCACCACCACAGCCACAGCAACCGCACGCAGCAAACGCAAACGAUCAAUACUCACCAGAACGAGCUGAACGCGGCGCUGCUGAGUUCACACAAGCUGGCGAAACAUUACGCUACGCACGAGGCGGCAAUGGCCGUGCCGGCGGUCGUAGAGCGUGAACGUACGAAGCAGCAGCAGCCGAACCAUGCGACGGAAAAUGGACGCAUUUCGAAAACUGCCUCCAAGAGUCACGUCCCCGAGCCGGGCAAGAAGGCGUCCAUUGCGCACUCCAGCAGCAACGGUCGCCAGGCAGCGAACGGCAUUCGCAUGGGCGUGCUUUCCAAAGCGUCCAGUGGUGGCGGCGCCCCGCUAACACUAGCCUCACACAAACGUUCGCAAUCGGAAGAUCAUGCGAAUUUGAAACCGAGCGCCGGCAGCAUCAAACCGGAACCUAUGCAGAAUUUGCGCACCAAGCUGAGCAACGUUAAGCCGCGGUAUCUCGAACCAAAGAAGCCGAAAAAUGCGGCCAACCUGCACGCGCAGAACAACAUUUCGUCGAGCGGCAGCUCCACCAGGACCUCCAGCCCGGCGAUGGGCCACCGCAAGGGUACGGCGAAGCUGCAGCACCCGAACCAUCACCCCGGCCACGAGUCGAACCUGUCGCUCGACAGCCUGUCCUCGCCGGCCAAGCUGAAGGGCGCGAAUGCGGCCAACGCAAAGCUAGCGCCCCGUGCGACCGUGGGCGAGAUGGACGUAUCGAUCGACUCGCUGGCAGAGUCGAUGAAAUCGCACUCGCUCAAAACUAGCAACACGCUGUCGCACGAGUCGCUUAUCUAUCAGGAGUACUUCAAGCCGAAGGUGAUCAACUCGAUCGAUCAACAGCAGCAGCAACAGCAGCCACCACCGGUCAAGAAUGGGUUCGUAAAGGACAAGGACCAUCAUCGCGAGAAGCGCCCGGGCAGUGGAAAAUCGAUUGGCGGUGGCGGUGUGCUGACCGCGCGCCCACUACCCGGCGGUAUUAAAGCGAACCACUCGUCCUCCUCCAUCCCGUCGGCGGUGAGCGUACGCACGAACGGCAUCAAUCGUACCGCUUCGUUGGCCAGCGUCGGCUCGAACGGCGGCAGUGGUGGGCUGGUGAAGCGCAGCUUCCUUUCGCAACGGUCGCGCGAAAUUUUGGCCCGCCGCACCCACGAGCCAAAGUCAAACUCGACCAACUCGAGCAACAAAUCGGCCGCCUCCUCGCCAAGCCUGCUGCUGACGCGCGACAAGUCAACGGGCAGCGACAUCACCAAGUCGGGCUCGUCCGCCUCCCUGACCACCCCGAACGCGGGCGGGCGGAAGGUGUUCAACACGACCCUACAUCUGCGCCGCACGGCCAAGCUGCCGGACGGAACGGCACCGGCUACGGGCGCUAGCAACAACCGCGCUUCUACCGGCAGCCAGGAGCGGAAGACGGAAAAACACACCGCAAAGGGAGGAGCUUCACAGCGGACCAGGGCAGCAGGAGGAUCGCACGUUGUCGCGGAUAGUCGAGCCUCGCUCAAGGGAGGAGCCGCGCUGGAGAAUAACAGUGCGCCCGCAGUAGGUGAUAAUGGACUAGUGCACGCACCGAUGAUUGUGGAACGGGUCGAGUCGAAGCUGGAGCGCUCGAACACGUUUUCGAUCGAUGCUUCCGACAAUCCGCUGAUACUGCAAAUGAUGGAGUAAAUGGAAGCUCGAGCACUAGUCGUGUGGAUGAAAAUUACGACUGAGGAAAAAAGGUAGGAAAUGAUGGUAUGUAUUGUGUGUGUGAGUGUCUAGUGCCUGCCUGGGUGCUACACUUUCGCGUCGGAAGGUAGGUAAGCAGCAACACGGGAGGUAUCUUCUCAGAGAUAAGAGGUACGUGUGCGCGCGCAGUUAAGACAACACAUCUGCGCCAAAACACGGGGUGAUCUUAAAAUCCAAACUAAUUUAAUUCGCAAAACUCCUGCUAACUUCAUCACAAAUGUCUAGUCACGUAUUUAUAUGCAUAUACAUAGAGAGGAAACAGAGAGAGAGAGAGAGAGAAACAGAGAGCGGGAUACUAAUAUGCUGGGCGUAUGGGCAGCGAUGCUCGUCUCAAGGCAAGCGAUAUGAUGUGGUGCAUCUUUUCUGCACUCUUAAUUAAUACGUUAGAAACGAUAUAUAUACACACACAUAUACUUAUCUGUUGCAAGAUAUACUUAUACAUGUAAUGCGUAGAUAUUCGGCCAAACCCCCGGCUGCAAAAGAAGCAUAAGGCACACGAGUAUGAUUUAGCCAGUGUUAGGAAGGCCAUUCGCGAACGAAGCUAUAAACCCCAUUUCAAAGUCAUUACAAUUGACGAAUAUCACCACAUUUGGGGUAAUGGGGACACCCACGAUAUGCACACGACGAUGCUGAUGAUGAUGGUCUACACAGCCACAGACACACGGGGAACACCGAUCUUUUGCGUGAGGUUGCGCUAAUUGCGUGUGGUAAUAAUUAUAAUAAUAAUAAUCACUUAUUCGGUUUGUUACAUUUGCAAAAGAAGAAUUUAUAUAGUUUAAUCCUGUCCCUCGUGUCCAGAUGAUGACCCCAAAUACGCCAGCCAAUGGCACAAUUUACCCUACUCCAUCAUGUUUCCAUUUACAUCCGGACCGAAGACAAAAAAAGUACUUGCGAGAGAGAGGAAAUGCUAACGGAAAUGAAAACUUCAAUGCUUGCAUAUGUGUAAGAAUCGAACUAUGUAGUUUACAAUGUGCACGCUAUCUCUCUCUCUCAAUACGGGUGUGUUUGUUCAUUUUGGAAUGUUUCGAUGACCAAUAUAUGAAGCCAUAGUUUUAUUCGGUUAACAAAUAUCCAUUCAGGCUAUAGUUUACAGCAGAAAAGGGAGCUUCAAUGGUGAAAUUGGGUGCUUAAAGUGCUACUGAAAGGCAUGAAAAACUAUGAUGAAAAUGACAUUUAGACUGGUCUCUGAUGAACUGAACCAACUUUUGGUUCGCAUAGAGCAGGUGGUGUAGUUCCAUGUCACGCGCUUCAAGUGGUAUGUAAUGAGUUUUUUUUUUGUAAUGUGUUUUUCUGCUACUUGAUUCAGAAACAAUGUGAUAACUCGAUCUUUAAGAAGAUCAUCCCUUUUUGGUUGCUAUUAUUUGAUAAUUUACAAGACAGGAGUUUGUGCUUUUUUCAUUGAUUUAAAUAACGCGCCCUUGCUUUUGGAUCUUAUUAAACUUCAUGAGUAACUUUAAAUAUGUUUCUAUUUUUGUUGCAAAAGGAAUGGUGAUACUUGCUAGCUUUUAGAAUAUUAAUUCCACUCCUUCGAUAUUGCUGCCAAUUUGCUGUGUUUAAUGCGCUAAAGUAUGCGUUUGGUUUGCUACAAUUAAUCUCACGAAAUGAAUCCAUAACCACAGUCCAUCAGCGAGUAGCGCGUUAGUAGCGAAACGGUGGUACGGUUAAACAAGCUAGUUUUGCAUAUUGAUGCUAGGCUUGAUGAUGCUCUGUUCGAUUCUAUCCCGUGUAAACUCUGCCGUCCCAAGACUACCAAUGAUAAUUUUAGUGCAUAUUACUAUUUUACCCAUAAACACAUCGCUUGUUUGCUUUAGUUACUACUUAUGCUGCGAUAACUUUCUCGCUCUAUUGGCAGUUUAUGGGGCGACAUCCAUAUAUUACGUAACGCUGGUAUCGUUAUCAAUUAAACGAUUCUGCUAGUUACGUACUAGUUCUGGGAACUGGUGGGAAAACUCAUUUAUUUUCGUUUGAAUUUACAUUGAAGUGGUAGUUGUUAAUAAUUAUUUCAAUCAAAUCAUCUUUAUUUUCUUAUCAUAAAUGCAAAGUUCAUAAAGAAAUACUCGUGUCGCUGCAAUGGCGUUACGUAAUCAAUGGAUGUCUUCUUCUACAUACAGUUUAUUCCUCUAAUUUGAAACAUUAAGAUUCAGUUCAGAUUAAGAUCGUCAAAGUGCUAUUAAUGGCGUUGUUGAGCUAAGUGAUUGGUUUGUUUGUCUAGUUUUACGAUCGGCUUAAAAUGUUUGUUUUUUUCUUUCAAAUGUGUUUCUGAAACUUACAACAUUCCCUCCAAACACCAUUACAUCGGUUUAUUCGUAUAAGUUUGAGUUUUAGUACUUAAAAAUGUUGCCGCUGUGCCACGGUGACGAGUGAUUUGUUUUACAUUUAUAUUAAUUCAGCAUACCCUUGGCUUAGCGUGCAAAACAAAACUAAUGUAGCAAGCAGUAGAAAACCACAAAAGAUCUGCGCGCUCCUGAAUAGAAAACAAUGUAACAACUAACUAUGAACAAUAAUAACUCACGCCAGAUUGCAAAAGCGAGUGCAACUGCUGCAGAACUACUAAAGCAAGCCUAGUCAUGUGUACAAAGUUUUCUCUUCAAAUGCUUGCAAAAACAAACUGAAAACAGCUACCAAAAUUAAAAGCACACCUUUCGUACGCUGCGUAUGAUAAUAUUAUAGAUACCAGAGAUCAGUGCAGUAGGUGACAGCGGAAAGGAAUAGACAGCACGAACUCUAUAACAAAAUAUAAGUAACACAUCCUGUAUUUAGCUGCGCGUUUGAGUGUGAGUAUGUGUGCGUGUGUUUGGCUAUACCAAAACUAUUGGUUUGCAGUAGAGAUCAGUUUGAAAUGGUAUGUGGAAGAGAAGUUGUAAAAGAGAAGACAAACCAAUCCUCUUCUAAAUGGUUGGACAAAUAGACGGGAAGGAGAAAGGCUUCUUGAUGCAUGGAUUUGUUGUGUAAAAUGUAAGUGCAGUCCAUCUAAUUCGAUUUGAUUCGAUCACGUGAAUUGGGUCGCGAAGAAUCAAACACUAGAAGCGACCGAGAGAGGUGAACUUAAAACAAUAAACGUUCUACAGCA